AUGCUAAGCAAAGAUAUUCAAGUCAUAGUUGCAACUGAAGGUGUCAAACUUUUUAUUAAAAAGUCUUAUAGUACAGAAUAUGAAAAACCUGGUAAUAUUUAUAUGUCAGCAGAUACAUCAUUAGCAGCUACUUUUCUAUUAUUAGAUACUGUUUCUUAUUUACUUAACACUUCUAAUAAAGAAGUUCCAAAUCUUAAACCACUUCUUGAACUAAUCUUUGAACUAAUUUUUGAACUAUUUUUUAAAUUAAUCUCUGUAUUUAUAUCUUAG